AUGCCAAGCCCCGGUUUAGGACUUCAGGAGCUGGGGACUGGGGUGCCUCAGCCCUCUGCCCUUGCAGAGACGGCUGGCACCAAGCCGCAUCCUUUGCAUAGGGCUGUUGAGCCCCGCCAGGGUCUCAGCGGGUCUGCACAGACCCGCGGGGAGCCCGGCAAGGAGCCCGCUGCCCCCGGAGCUCGGCAAGACCUUUCCGUGCGGGCAGCGGGGCAUCAGGGCGCCGGUCGUAGAUAUACGUCCAGGCUGGAGGGAACGUCCCCGGCUGGGAGGAGCCAGCGGCUGAGCCGCUGUAAACAGUGCGGGCACCGCCAGCGGUUGGGAGAUGGAUAUAAAAAGGGAGGCGGAGGGGAGGCAGCCGGAGCGGAGGAGCGGGAGCUGCCUGCGCCUGCCUGCCCCUGCCCUGCCUGCCCCGCCCGGUGCGGCAGCUCCGAGAGGCUGCGGGCAGAGUCCGCGGUCGGCGCUGUCGGGACAGGACGCGUCGUGGAGCAGCCAUCGGCCGCAGCAUCAGGUCGGUACCGCGCUCCCCGCGCCCCCCGCGCCCCCUCGCCUCGCCGAUCCCGCCGCCGCUGCCGCCGCCCGUUUCUUGCAGGACCCGGCGCGGAUGCCGCCCCGCACCUCGCCCCGUGGCGACCCAGCUCCGACACCUGCCGGGCUGGCCCGUGGGCCGGCCGUGCGCCUCGAGGGCUCCGCCGCCCUCCCUCCCUCGUCAUCCGCCGCGGAGGGCAGCUGGUGUUCGCCGACCGCCCCCGCGGGCCGCCCGUCACACUGCGGGCCCGCUACAUCCUCAUGCACGACGGCGGGGAGCUGCACAUCGGCUCGGAGCGCUGCCCCUACGGCUCGCGGGCCACCGGCUCGCUGUACGGGCGAGCCGCCGAGGGGGCGGCCACGGAGAGCUGCGGGCAGAAGUUCGUGGGCGUGGGUCGCGGCGGCAUUCCGGACCGGCGCCGCCGCUCCCGGGCCCUCCUGGACAUGACGCUGCAUCCCGGCCGGCUCCGCCACGGCCCCGACUCCUCCGAGAGGCGCUGGGGCAGCCGCGGGCUCAGCCUGCGCCUCCUGGACGGCGGCACGGCGCGGCUGCUGGCGGGGGCGCUUCCACAGCCACCUGCGGCCGGGCUCAGCGCUCUCCUGGCCCGGCAGCCCCCGGUAGCCCCCGGCAGGGUGGUGGCGGCCGCCCUGGGGGACUCGGCCGCCCGCAGCCUCACGCCGGAGACGCGGCUGCUGCUGCGGGACCGCCUGGGCAGCAGCUUCAUCGUCCGCCUGCGCUACAGGCAGUCCUGGGCGCUGGUGGGGAUUCUCGGAGGGGAUCAGCUUUCCAGAGCAGAAGAUAAGCAGGAGUGUAACGGGAGUGGAACAACGGGGUUAGCCAUAGCCCAGAGAGAUUUCCUCACAUGUGAUGGCACCUGUUUUACUGUUACUUCUUCCGAUGGAUGGAUGGAAGGUGUGUCUCAUAGUGGAUUUAAAGUGGAAGUGUCCAGAGGAAUAAUUCUUCAUCUGGUGGAUGGGGUUACAAGUUGGUUACUUGGUGACGGUAUCGUCACUGCCAGUACAGAUUAUUUUAUGCAUCGGCCUGAAGAGUUUAGUCUCUUUUCUUGUCCAAAGAAAAACAGUCAAGUGAAAAUUGAUGGCAGCCCACUCUGUCUUCACAUUGGAGAAGUCAUAGGUGGUGUUGAUAUGAGGGCAGAGGUUGGUUUUCUGACCAGAAAUAUACUUAUUCAAGGAGAAAUGGAAGACUCCUGCUAUGGAAAAUAUCAAUGCCAGUUUUUCUCUUUUGAUACAUUCGGAGGGCACAUUAAAAUCCUAAGGAAUUUUAGCUCUGUUCAUCUCAGAGUGGAACUAAAAAACAUGGGGCAAGAGAUCCUGGGCAGUUACCCUGUGCAUUUUCCCCUGGCUGAGGAUGUGGAUGCAAGAGGGGGAUAUGAGCAUCCAGUGCACCUCAAUAACCUGGCAAUCACCACUGCUGCUCGGGGUGGAACUCACGGCCUUCUGGGCUGUCAGCACGUUCUGGAUUGCAAAUCCAAACAACAGCUUAAUAGAGAAUGCAGUGGCUGGUGCUCAGGAUGUUGGGAUAUGGUGCCUCUUCCACUGGGUCCCCCCGGGCACUCUGAGGAAGACACCCAGAGGGACAGGCUGAACACACCCCCCGGGAGUUUUUACAACAGAGUCCCCUCCAAUUUCAAGGCUGGUUUGUUUAUUGGAAAAAGAGUAAAGACAACGAGAGCUGAGGAUCCCAGGGAGUAUCUCACUGUCGAUAAUGCCAGGUUUUGCGCACAUCAAGAUGCUGAUCCUGAAAAGCCACGAGUUCCUGCCAUGAUUGAUGGUCUUAUUGCUCUUAAAAAUAAUGACCACAGGGCCUGGGCCAGGGAUGGUGACAUUAUUUUCUGCAGCUCAGGGUUUUCAGACAAUGGAAUUGGACUCACUCUGGCAAGUGAUGGGACUUUCCUGACAGACAACGGCUCCAGCCUGGAGGUUACAUGUUCCAUUUUUGUUGGAGAAAGCAGCAACUUUGGCUCCCAGGGAGGCCAAAACAGCUACUGGGGAAAAGGGGCAAAUGAAGAACACAGAACACUGCCCAGAAACAAGACAUUCCCUGUCCAUGGAUUCCAGAUUUAUGAUGGGUUUGUCAGGAUGGCAAGAUGCACUUUCAAGAAGUUCACCCUGACUGUUGACAGAUACUCAAGUGCCAUCAGGUUUUUCAUUAUAAACUCCUGGCAAAUCAGCCCUCAGAACAAAGUGUCACAGAUCCUGAUGGAGAAAAGUGUUGGACUGAAAGUGGUUUUUUUGGCAGACCAGGCCAGUGGUUUGGAAACAAUGACAAUGAAAAUGUCCAUCUUCCAUGGUGUGGAUGGUUGGCUGACAGGGUAUCCAGACACCUUCAGAGGCAGAGCAGACAAGUCCCUGCUGCCUCAUCCCAGCUCCCUCAGUGUCCCCUGCUGGAAUGGGCUGACCUGUCCUGGGAAACUCACAGGUAACGGGGCAGCCCAGCCAGCACCAGAUAUUCUGGUGAGGGGGGAGGCAGUGGAGCUGCUCAGCACUACUCACACAAAGGGUGAACAAUAA